UAUAAAGCGAUGUUCUUAGCACUGAUUUUAUGUUGCUACGCACGACCAAAACACCCGAUGUAUUCGACAGACUUAAGACGUAUUGCCACCUGUAGCUGGGAUUUAAAUUUCGCUGCUACAUAAUUCAUAAUGAUUCAUGCAGCGGAGUGAUAGGCACAAAUGAAAAUACAAGGAGCUAGGAGGAUGAUCGGAAGAGCGAUCGUAUUGACGCGUCUAAUUUCGGCUAAACGUGCAAAACAAUCUGCCACCGGUUCACAGAAUAUUUACAGAUCGAUUUCAAGCCACGUUGUAACCAGCAAUAAAGUUUCUUCAGGCCAAGAAAUGACGGAUCAAAACAAUAAUAUUGGCUACUCACAGUCAGGGCUCACUGUCAUCGAGCAGCUAGGACAUCUUUUCAAACUCAAGGAAAUUCCAAACACCAGUAACUGGAUUGUCGAGACAAAAAUUCAGUCCCUCUGCAACGCGUACGUCGCUCUCUCAAAAAAUGACAAAGAGACGUUCCUUCGCACUCUGGCUUCCAAGUACGCUGUCGACCAUGAUGUUGUUCGGAAAAUGGCUUUUAAUUUGGCUUGCGACGAGAAGAAGCAACUUGACGAAAGGCAGAUGAUCAAUGGCGAGCGUACUCUAAAGAAUGUUCUCACACCUAAGUAUUACUGGCUCUUUUUACUCACUGGACGGCUCAAGCACGGAGUCAAAUUCCUUGUCGAUCUUCGAACAGAUGUCUUGAAUCUUCUGUCUGAGCUGAAAGAUCCGGAUGAAACAAUCGUGGUGCAACAGCUGAACAUAACGCUGCAUGAUCUUCUUCUACAGUGGUUCUCUGUUGGAUUUUUUGACCUAGAACGUGUGACCUGGCAAAGCUCGUGCGAGAUGUUAGAGAAGGUUUCCAACUACGAAAUGAUUCAUCCUAUAAAAAAUUGGACAGACCUGAAGCGGAGAGUCGGGCCUUACAGAAGAUGUUACGUAUUCACACACAGAGCAAUGCCAAGAGAGCCUUUGGUUGUCCUGCAUACUGCCCUUUGCGGCUCGAUACCUAGUAGUGUAAAGGAAGUCUUUCAAACCGAGGCUCAAACUGAUGGAAUGUACGGAAAGGCUGAAUCCUCAGCUCCCGAAGACACAUCCAAAAUAAAAGCAGCUGUUUUUUAUUCCAUAGCUUCGACGCAGAGGGGCUUACAGGGCAUUGAAUUGGGUAAUUAUCUGAUAAAAAAUGUCGCCGCUAAGGUUUUGGAGGAAUUUCCACUAAUUGAUCAGCUAUCCAGCCUGUCCCCGAUCCCAAAUUACAGGAUUUGGCUUUUAGAGAGGAUUAAAAAUGAUGUUGGCCAAACAUUCACUAAAGAGGAGCGACAACUUAUUGGAAGUCUUUUGUGCAGCACUGACAUUCAUACCGCGUUAAAGAAGGUAUUGAGUAAUUCAUUAUGGAUCAAUAACAAAGACAUAGUCGAGGCUCUGAGAGUACCGUUAUUGCGUUCUUGUGCUAGCUAUCUUUACAAUGAAAAAAGGAGAAACUAUGCUCUGAAUAACGUUGCAAACUUUCACCUACGAAAUGGGGCUGUUAUGUGGCGGAUAAAUUGGCUCGCUGAUCCCUCACCACGGGGGGCAGCAAAUAGCUGUGGUAUUAUGGUGAACUACAGGUACUAUUUGCACGAAACUGAAGCUAAUAGUAGAAACUAUAUCGAGAGGAAUAUAAUUAAAGCCUCAGAGGAUGUGAUUAGACUAGCUGCGGAGUCCGAAACGUUGUUGCAAAAAUCACGCUUGUGAAAAUCUAUGGACGCCGAGAAUGAUGGUAAAACUGACCGAAUUGCAAACCAUGUUUCCAAUGGUUAGUAAUCAUAAACUCCGAGGUACUCCCAACGCGUUCUGGGGUUAUGAGCUGUAUCAAGAGAGGGAACAGUGCUUAACUUAUAAAGGAGAAUAUGGUGGAAGAUUAAAACUGAUAUUCAGAAAGAAA